CAUUCCUAAACCCCACCAAUAUUUACCAUCAAUGGCAUCCAAGAAUUUCUUGUAUCUUUCUGCCCCAUCUCUCUCCCAUUGAAAUCUCUCCUCUCUCUCCUUCACCCCUUCCCCCCCAUCAGCAGUGUCAUUGACCCAACUGAGUGCCAAUCAACUGCAUUAUUGACUUUGACACCAAAAGGAAAGAAACAAAUAAAGGUUUUGUGAUCAUUUGUUGAUUGUGUUCAUACUGCCACUAUUUGAUUCUUGAUCAAGUGUUUCACUUGCACAAGCUUCUGGUUAGAUAAAGAUAGUUGAGUGGGUGCUAGCCUGCUAGGGAAUGGAAAUCUUGAUGAGGGCUUGCUGUUGAUUUCAAAUUCAACAGUGUCACCAUUGCUAAAAGGGAAGCUUGAAAAUGGAGAAAACAAGAAGUGAUUCAAAACAUAAUCCUUUUGGUUCAGCACCAUCAGCCGAAUCAUCUCUGGAUCUGGAAAGAAACUACUGCAAACAUACUACACGAAGUUCUUCACCGUUACAGGCUUAUCCAUCAUGUUGUCAGUUUAGCGAGAGCAGUGCUGCCUACUUCUCGUGGCCUACUAGCAGCCGCUUGAAUGAUGCAGCUGAUGAUAGGUUAGAAUACUUUCGAAACCUGCAGAAGGGUGUUUUGCCAGAAACUUAUGGGCGACUGCCUGAGGGGCAGCAGGCUACCACUUUACUUGAUGUUAUGACAGUCAGGGCCUACCAUAGCAAAAUCUUGCGUCGAUUUAGUCUUGGGACAGCAGUUGGUUUUCGUAUUCGGGGUGGUUGUCUGACUAACAUACCGGCCAUUCUUGUCUUUGUUGCUCGAAAAGUUAACAGCCAGUGGCUUAACUACAAUCAAUGUUUACCCACUGCUCUUGAGGGACCUGGAGGUGUAUGGUGCGAUGUAGACGUUGUUGAGUUUUCUUACUUUGGUGCACCUGCUGUAACUCCUAAGGAAGAAUUUUACACAGAGCUGGCAGAUGGUUUGCGUGGAAGUGAUCCAUUCCUUGGCUCUGGUUCCCAGGUUGCUAGCCAAGUGACAUAUGGAACCUUGGGUGCUAUCGUGAAAAGCCGCUCUGGAAAGCGACAAGUUGGUUUCCUGACUAACCGACAUGUGGCAGUUGACCUGGAUUACCCAAACCAGAAAAUGUUUCAUCCUUUGCCACCAAGCCUUGGACCUGGGGUGUAUCUUGGUGCGGUUGAGAGAGCAACAUCUUUCAUAACAGAUGAUCUUUGGUAUGGCAUCUUUGCUGGGACGAACCCAGAAACUUUUGUUCGAGCUGAUGGUGCUUUCAUUGCUUUUGCGGAAAGCUUCAAUAUAUCCAACGUAUCUACAUCUGUAAAGGGCAUAGGUGACAUUGGUGAAGUCAACACCAUAGACUUGCAGUCUUCAAUUAACAGCCUGAUUGGCAGACAAGUGAUGAAAGUAGGACGAAGCUCUGGUUUGACAACUGGGACGAUAAUGGCUUAUGCUUUGGAGUACAAUGACGAGAAAGGGAUCUGUUUCUUAACUGACUUUCUUGUAGUUGGGGAGAACCAGCAAACUUUUGAUCUUGAAGGUGACAGUGGAAGCCUAAUUCUUCUUGCAGGUCAAAAUGGUGACAAACCGAGGCCUGUUGGGAUCAUUUGGGGUGGCACAGCUAAUCGUGGUCGUCUGAAGUUAAAGGUUGGUCAACCUCCAGAGAAUUGGACAAGUGGAGUUGAUCUGGGGCGCCUUCUUGAUCUCCUCGAACUUGAUCUCAUAACAACUGCAGAAGCUCUUCAAGCAUCUGUACGGGAUCAAAGGAAUGCUUCAACUGCUGGAAUGAAUUUGGCUUUUGGAGAGUCUUCUCCCCAUGAGAUGCAACAACUUCAAGCAUGUGCUGAAAAAGUAUCCAAGCCACUCGAGACAAUUCCUACAGAAGGUGCAUCUCAUUGCAGGAUUACCCGCCAAUUCAUGCGCAGGGAGUUUCACAUUGAAGGCGGUAGUACACUUGCUCCAAAUGUUGAACAUCAAUAUAUUCCAAGCGCAGCAGGUACAUCUAUCAUGCAUCAAAACAAUAAACAGGACAAUGUAGAUUCAGAAAGCCUUCCGGCAUUGAGGAGUUGUGAAGAUAUUUCUAUUUCACUGCAGUUGGGCGAGCCCGGGCAGAAGAGACGGAAACAGUUUGAUUAUUUAUCGGUCACUGAAGAUCAAAACUAACGGAGAAUUUUUGCCUGGUACUGUAAGUACAUUCGAUGCCUCGAAUCUCAGGUUGCGAGUAAACUAAAGUUUUGUCAGCAGAAAAUAUAGAAUAAAGUCGAGAGUGACUACCCUCUGCUAAUACCUGUGGUAGCCUGGUAUGUGCUAUCAAUAUCUCUGGAUCCUAAUGUUUAGGAGAUAUUUGUAUGUAGAAAAUCCGAGUACUAGUAGUCAAUUAGCAUGAAUAAGUUGCUUUUUUGUAAUUUGAAAUGUGUAUAAAUUAUAAGAUCAAGACACAUGGUGCAGUAUAUGUAUAUUUUCAUAAUAUGAAAUAAUUUCAUGUUCCGAAAAA